UCGCCGGUCUUUCACCGCAAGUAUCAGAGAGCAGAAGAAGGACCCGCAUCCUCGCGUGAUGCUCCGCUUGAGACCGCAACAUUUCAUUUGAAAGACGUCUCACUGGGGGGAAAAAGAUUGUAGCCUAGCCUUUUUGAAGGUUUGAGAGACAGUCAGUUUAUUUUCACCCAAAUCCCUUUUGUCAAUCCCAGGUAACUUCCCUGACGUCUUUUAGCUGCUCAUUUUUUCAUCUUUGGCAACCUUGAAAAAACUGAGCACAACGUCUUUUGUCGCGUUUUUUAAGGCAAGACAUUUUGAUAUAAUUCAUCCUGAGGGGUUGACACCUCUCAAGCUUUGCAUCACCUAAGAGGAGAAGAGUGACUGCGCCAACAUGGGGUAUGGGCGGUCAGACAGUUACCGCGUUGCCACCACACAGGACAAAGAUGACCGCUCCCCCAAGAAGAAGAAGGGGGGCAAGGAUAUGGAUGACCUGAAGAAGGAAGUGCCCAUUACGGAACACAAAAUGUCUGUAGAGGAAGUAUGCAGGAAAUACCAGACCGAUAUUGUCCAGGGACUAACCAAUGCCAAGGCUGCAGAGUUUCUGAUCAGGGACGGUCCCAAUGCUCUCACUCCUCCUCCCACCACCCCGGAGUGGGUCAAGUUCUGUCGCCAGCUGUUUGGUGGAUUCUCCAUCCUGCUGUGGACCGGUGCCAUCCUUUGCUUCCUGGCCUACGCCAUCCAGGCAGCCACUGAGGACGACCCUGCAGGAGACAAUUUGUACCUAGGUAUCGUGCUCACAGCUGUCGUCAUCAUCACCGGUUGCUUCUCAUACUUCCAGGAGGCCAAGAGCUCUAAAAUCAUGGAGUCCUUCAAGAACAUGGUGCCCCAGCAAGCAUUGGUGAUCCGUGAGGGAGAAAAGGUCCAGAUCAAUGCUGAGGAGGUGGUUGCUGGAGAUCUGAUUGAGGUGAAAGGAGGAGACAGGGUCCCUGCCGAUAUCCGGGUGGUUUCUGCACAUGGCUGCAAGGUGGAUAACUCCUCCCUAACAGGCGAAUCAGAGCCUCAGAACAGGUCACCUGACUGUACCCAUGACAACCCCUUGGAGACCCGUAACAUUGCUUUCUUCUCCACCAACUGUGUGGAAGGCACGGCACGUGGCAUCGUGAUCUACACUGGAGACCGCACUGUCAUGGGCCGCAUUGCUACUCUGACUUCUGGCCUGGAGACUGGCAAGACCCCCAUCGCCAAGGAGAUUGAGCACUUUAUUCACAUCAUCACAGGUGUGGCUGUGUUCCUCGGUGUGACCUUUUUCAUCCUGGCCCUCAUCCUGGGCUACACCUGGCUGGAGGCUGUCAUCUUCCUCAUCGGCAUCAUUGUGGCUAAUGUGCCUGAGGGGCUGCUGGCUACUGUCACUGUGUGUCUGACUCUGACUGCCAAGCGUAUGGCCAAGAAGAACUGCCUGGUAAAGAACCUGGAAGCCGUAGAGACCCUGGGUUCAACCUCCACCAUCUGCUCUGACAAGACAGGCACCCUGACCCAGAACAGGAUGACCGUGGCUCACAUGUGGUUCGACAACCAGAUCCACGAGGCUGACACCACCGAAGACCAGUCUGGUGCCUCUUUUGACAAGAGCUCAGUGACAUGGGUAGCUCUGGCUCGUAUUGCUGCCCUGUGUAACCGUGCCCAGUUCAAAGCAGGCCAGGAGUCCCUGCCCAUCCUGAAACGAGACGUGGCUGGCGAUGCCUCUGAGUCGGCCCUGCUGAAGUGUAUCGAGCUGUCCUGUGGCUCUGUCAGGGCGAUGAGGGACAAGAAUAAGAAGGUGGCCGAGAUCCCCUUCAACUCCACCAACAAAUACCAGCUUUCAGUGCAUGAGACAGAAGACCCCAAUGACAACCGCUACCUGCUGGUGAUGAAGGGAGCCCCUGAGAGGAUCCUUGACCGUUGCUCGACCAUCUUGCUGCAGGGCAAGGAGCAGCCUAUGGACGAAGAGAUGAAAGAAGCUUUCCAGAAUGCCUACAUGGAGCUGGGAGGACUGGGAGAGAGAGUGCUGGGUUUCUGCCACCUGCUAAUGCCAGAGGACCAGUAUCCCAAGGGCUUUGCCUUUGACACCGAUGAUGUCAACUUCCAGACAGACAACCUUUGCUUUGUUGGCCUUAUGUCCAUGAUCGACCCACCUCGUGCUGCUGUGCCUGAUGCUGUUGGAAAAUGCCGAUCUGCUGGUAUCAAGGUCAUUAUGGUCACUGGAGAUCACCCAAUCACAGCCAAGGCCAUUGCAAAGGGAGUGGGCAUCAUCUCUGAGGGCAAUGAGACAGUGGAGGACAUUGCUGCUCGUCUCAACAUCCCAGUCAGCCAGGUCAACCCCAGGGAUGCAAAGGCCUGUGUGAUCCAUGGUACAGACCUGAAAGAUCUGUCUCAGGAUCAGAUGGAUGACAUCCUGAGGAACCACACAGAGAUUGUGUUUGCCAGGACUUCCCCACAGCAGAAGCUCAUCAUUGUAGAGGGUUGCCAGAGACAGGGUGCCAUUGUGGCUGUGACAGGUGAUGGCGUGAACGACUCUCCUGCCCUGAAAAAGGCUGACAUUGGUGUUGCCAUGGGAAUCUCAGGCUCCGAUGUGUCCAAACAGGCUGCAGACAUGAUCCUACUGGAUGACAACUUUGCCUCCAUCGUCACUGGAGUGGAAGAAGGCCGGCUGAUCUUUGACAACCUGAAGAAGUCCAUUGCUUACACCCUGACCAGCAACAUCCCAGAGAUCACCCCCUUCUUGCUCUUCAUCAUUGUCAACAUCCCUCUGCCCCUGGGAACCAUCACCAUCCUCUGCAUUGACCUGGGAACUGACAUGGUUCCUGCCAUCUCCCUGGCCUAUGAAGCAGCUGAGAGCGACAUCAUGAAGCGUCAGCCCAGGAACCCAGCCAGGGACAAGCUGGUGAAUGAGAGGCUUAUCAGUAUCGCCUACGGACAAAUUGGUAUGAUCCAGGCUCUUGGAGGCUUCUUCUCUUACUUUGUGAUCCUGGCUGAGAAUGGUUUCCUGCCAUCUAUACUUGUAGGCAUCAGACUCAAUUGGGAUGACCGCUCUGUCAAUGACCUGGAAGACAGCUAUGGACAACAAUGGACGUAUGAGCAGAGAAAGAUCGUGGAGUUCACGUGCCACACAGCCUUCUUUGUCAGUAUUGUGGUUGUGCAGUGGGCUGAUGUCAUCAUCUGCAAGACCAGGCGUAACUCUGUCUUCCAGCAGGGCAUGAGGAACAAGAUCUUGAUCUUUGGCCUGUUUGAGGAGACAGCCCUGGCUGCCUUCCUGUCCUACUGCCCAGGCAUGGAUGUGGCACUCAGGAUGUACCCACUAAAGCCAACCUGGUGGUUGUGUGCAUUACCCUAUAGUUUUCUCAUCUUUGUUUAUGAUGAAAUUCGAAAACUUCUCCUCCGCCGGAACCCUGGAGGUUGGGUGGAAAAGGAGACAUACUAUUGAUCGAUGGAGAGCAUCUUUACUCAAACCCCCGACAUCUUCCACUUAUUUCUCCCCCUGUCACUCCAUCCUUGGCAAGACGCACCCCGAGAUGCCCCGCCCCCGUAAAGACAACAACCGCUUUGAAGCAAUUUUCAUCACAACUGCCCCAAAGAUUAAAAACAGCAAAAGCACCUUUACAACUUUCUACAUCGACCCCCCCCCUCCUGUCCUCCUCCGUCCUCCCCAUCUCCUAUGAUACUCUUUGCAUGUGUUCUCUCACUGCUGUGUACAUAAACCAAUAUAUCUACCAAACGGCAGCUGCAUAUUGUGUAUGUAGAUUUGAAUGAGCUAAGAUGCAAAGGGAGUGUCUAUGCUCUGCAAAAAAGGGCCAUCCAGCUCCUUCCCCUCCCCGGCCCUCCCCUGCUCACCCUCUUUCUCUGAACCUCUGUUGCUCCCUCUUUUCCCCCUUCGCCAACCCUUUGCUUGUCCUCCAGUCACACACAGAUAUACAGAUCACAAAGUGAGAUCCCACCGCUGACACCACUCCGACCACCACCUCUCGCCUCCGUCUCCCAUCUCUGGGGGACCAGAGGAGUGGUCAUCUCUCCGUCGUUCUCACUGUGUCCAUUUUCCUUCUCCUCCGUUUUCAGCGGCCACAGUGUUGUUGUUUUUUAAUAUAUGGGGUGGGGGGGGUUUCAGUGAUUUUACUUGUCUUUUUUUAUUUCUCUGAUGGGAGGGGGGUAUGUGAGAGCUGCUUUUCCUCAUUUAGGCAUAACAAAGCACACCCCAUGGCGUCCCGUCCCUCCCUCCCUCCCUCUCCGUCUCUCACACCCCUCCCCUCCCCUCCCUCCUGCCCCGUUUGUCUCUGUUUGUGUGCACUGUGUGAACCAUUGUCCUUGUUAAUAACUACUACAGUACACCCCCCAGAUGGAAGAUACCACUCAAUCUUUCUGUGUGUUCUAGGAAAUCUAUAUAAUUCUAUACCGAAUUUAAAUGAAACAAUAAAAAGACACAUGUUGAAAAUAAACAGCUCAAGAAGGGCAUUCAUGAAAAAGAACAUCGACAAUAUUGGUGAGAUAGGAAAAAAAGAGUGAGAUGCAUUUCUCUCUCUCUCUUUGUGUUUUUGUUUGGUUUCAGUUCUUUUUGCUGGUUUUCCAGAAGGCCAUUAUAAAAAAUAUAAAAGCAGAGCAGGGUUUUAGGUUGUGUUUUUACCAAGAGACGUGAGACAGCAACCGAGGCUUUCAGGUUCCUAUCACUGCAGGUGUGCUGGUAUAAUGUGGUGCGGUGUGCUGUGAUGUGGUGAGUGGUGAAGAUGAAUCCAUGUUCCUGGGGUCUGGAACUGGAUCUGGUCAAGGAUCUGGCCUUGUCCCGGUCCUGGCACGACUUGGUCCAACCCAGGACUUGCAUUCUGUGUGAAUGUGUGUGGGAGGCCAGUGAAGGGCCAGCAGCCUCAGGCUGGGUCUAACUCAGAUGGCUGUAGGGGUUGAGACUGAAGAAAAAAAAUACACAACUAGUAGAACAUGUGUGUGAAAUAAAUGAAAUCAACACCAAUAAAACAUCUAGAACAUUUAAUACAA